AGCCACUGAGAGAGAGAUUAGGACGACAGCAGCAGUGGAAGUUGAAUUGUGCUGCAUAUAAAAUGGGCGGGCUGGUGUUCCUCUGAGGUCGGUUCGGUCUCACAUGAAAACGCGCUGCGCUCUGGACGCAGCGUCUCGUUCUGCCCGCGCGCCUCAUCGAUGACCGACGAGCCGAACGUGUUUUUAUUUUAUGUGUUUUAGACAGUGACAUCGGCGCGCGCAUGCACAAACACACACACACACACACACACACACACACAUGCACGCACACACACACACACGCAUUCGUUAGUUUGGUGGAACAUCUUUUUUUUCCGCCGCUGACAGACUGAGAGUUGAACUCACUACAGCACCGCCAAUGAACAGAGAGAGACCUGCGCACCGCGUCAGCAGCCGCUUCUCCAGCCUCGAGCUAGAAUUCGUCAGAUCUGAGAUCACACAGGAUUUUCUCUCUCUCUCUCUCUCUCGCUCUCUCUCUCUCUCGCUCUCUCUCUCUCAUUCAGUCCGGCUAGAAACGAUAUUCUCAAAAGUUUGAGGACAUAGCCAGCGGACACCGAAUAUACCGACUCCUCCGCCUGCUGUAAGUGAUUUUCUCCAUUUUCGUCCUCGGGGAGAGAGGGGAGUAACACUCGGAUCUUUUUUCUUUCAUGCUCCUAUUGAGGGAUGGUUUGUGUUGCUGGACACCGCUAGGAUCGAAGCAGUGAAAGGUCCUCAUAUUGCAACUAUGCGUGGACGGAGCAGGACGGUCUUUGUGUGCCUGUGGACUUAUGCUCUCGUUACCAUCACCGUGUUGGGUGGAAAAAGCUCCGGGCAGAAUGGCUUGACAGAUGAUAAGCAAGAUAACACAACAGUGUUCACCAAGAUCUUAGACAGCCUUCUGGACGGCUAUGACAAUCGCCUCCGGCCAGGACUGGGAGAGCGUGUAACCGAAGUCAAGACUGACAUUUUCGUGACCAGUAUCGGGCCAGUUUCGGACCACGACAUGGAGUACACCAUCGAUGUCUUCUUCAGACAAAGCUGGAAGGAUGAACGGUUAAAGUUCAAAGGCCCCAUGGCCGUGCUGCGUCUCAACAACCUGAUGGCCAGCAAGAUCUGGACCCCCGACACCUUCUUCCACAACGGCAAGAAGUCGGUGGCCCACAACAUGACCAUGCCCAACAAGCUGCUGCGAAUUACAGAGGAGGGCACGCUGCUGUACACCAUGAGGCUGACAGUAAGAGCAGAAUGUCCCAUGCACCUGGAAGACUUCCCGAUGGAUGCUCAUGCCUGUCCACUGAAGUUUGGCAGCUAUGCCUACACUCGAGCAGAGGUGGUGUACGUGUGGACCAGAGGGGCUGCCCAGUCCGUGGUGGUGGCAGAGGACGGAUCCAGAUUAAACCAGUACGAUUUGAUGGGACAGAGUGUGGAUUCUGGUGUGGUCCAGUCCAGUACAGGAGAGUACGUCGUGAUGACAACCCACUUCCACCUGAAGAGGAAAAUUGGUUACUUUGUGAUCCAGACGUAUCUGCCCUGCAUCAUGACAGUCAUCCUGUCCCAAGUGUCUUUCUGGCUCAACAGAGAAUCCGUCCCUGCCAGGACUGUCUUUGGAGUGACCACUGUCCUGACCAUGACCACACUCAGUAUCAGCGCCAGGAACUCUCUCCCUAAAGUGGCCUACGCCACAGCUAUGGACUGGUUCAUUGCCGUCUGCUACGCCUUCGUCUUCUCGGCUCUCAUUGAGUUUGCCACCGUCAACUACUUCACCAAGAGGGGCUACGCCUGGGACGGGAAAAGUGUGGUGCCAGAGAAGCAAAAGAAGAAGAAGGAGUCCCUCCUCAAGAAGAACAACACCACAGCCUACCCAGCUGCCACUGCUACAGCCUUCGCUCCAAAUAUUGCCAGGGACCCUGGAUUGGCCACGAUUGCAAAAAGCGCCCCACCACCCCCAACUGAGCCCAAGGAGGAGCCAAAGCCCAAACCUCCAGAGGCCAAGAAGACCUUUAACAGUGUGAGCAAGAUAGACAGGAUUGCCAGAAUAGCCUUCCCUCUGCUCUUUGGAACCUUUAACUUGGUCUACUGGGCGACCUACUUGAAUAAGAAGCCCAAAUUGCAGGGGAUGAAUCCACACUAAUCCAUGUUUCAAUCCUUUUAAAUUAUAACUGUAAUAUUUAUUUUGGGUUAUUUUGGUUCUCAUUUUCUUUCUUAUUCCUCCUAAAACAGGUGUUUAUUUUCAGACAAACAUGGUGUCCAUGCGGGUUUGAAUUCCCAGUCGUUGCAUUGCUUCUAUGUUUACCUAAAGUUUGAAGAUUUUGAAAAAACAAAAUAGAGAAAAAAAGACAGAUAUUGAAACAGACUCUUGAAAGGCUGUUGUUCAGGUCUCGGAUGAUGCUACUAAGAAAACGCUACUAUAAAUAUAUAGCCAAGAGAAUGCUAUUCUACAACUGCACAUGGCCCAAACUUGUUGAGGGGCUUUUGUUUCUAUGUUUGUUUUCUUAUUUUUUAAUGUAUUUUUUCUAUUUGAUUUAAACAUGGGAUCACUGUAAAAGGCACUUGUGUAUAUGCAUGGGCAGGACAUCUUAUUAUUUCUGUUUCUUUCUUCAGAGUACACAUCAGCACCGACUGAUAGCUUAGUUUAUUUGAUAUCAGCAGCAAAAUGCUACGCUCAGUCUCUGUCAAAAUAUCUUCAAUUCUCUGUAGAUGUUUUUUUGAGAUUAAUUAUGUCAUUCUUUAAAAUAUGUUAGGGUUUCUGCAAUAGCAAUAAAACAUGUCUCAGUGGACACACCAUUUAUUUAGGGAAAAAAAAGAUAAAAAUUCAGUCAUCUCUGUGCUCAGCAUCGAAAAUAUUUAAUUUCCUUUUACAGCGUUGUAAAUAUUAUCAAGUGUUAGAGAUGUCAAUAUUAUGUUUAAGCUUUGCAAAGUGUAACUAAAGGGUAUGUUUAUUGAAUACAUGGAAAAGUAAACUUUUUAAAUUUAAUUUAUUUUUGUUUCUGUUUAUGAUACUUUCUACAAAAAGAGUAUAUAUUGGUCGAUUUCACGCUUAAGUGACUGUUUCUCUCCGAGUUAGUGUUCCAUUCAAAGCUGCUUUCACACUGAAGUAAAAUAUUAUUCAACUGUGUGUGUGUGUGUGUACACACUGACGGCAACAACAGCAACAACAUCAACGGUGUAAACUGAGAUUGGUUAGUUAUGAGCAAGAAUGUAAAAAAAAAAAAAAAAGAAAAAUCAUCUCGAAUCCUGGAGUGCAUUUUACAUUUAGAAUUAAAACACUCGUUCUUUACAUUAAUUUUUGUUGGUUUUAUUUUCGUGGGGCCUCGGGGGCCAGCGGGCGUCUCUGGCAGAGCACAGCUAGCAUCGCUGACAGAGGGGCAGGGCACACUGGGAAGGAGGAGAAGUACCUUUUCCUUUUUCAGAGUCGAAGCUGUGAUGGCGACUGCUUUGUUGAUUGAUGGCGCGUCUGUACUUUCCAUCCCACUGUGUCCCCCCUCCCCCCCGACCCUGUUUGCCAUAGUCCCCAUCUCCUUUCAGUUGAAAAUUGAGACGUAACACUCAGAAAGUACCAGCUACACUGCCUUCAGUAUCACACGCCCGUUUGGACUCAUUUGUUGCUGCUUGUCGGUGAGCAACAGCGAGAGACAGGGACAGAGACAGACAGAGACACAGGAGAGAGGGAGGAGACGUUGAGUUGAAGUGGCACUGUAAUCUUGCUUUAGCCGGUGCUGUGUUUUCGCACAGAGGACUUGUCUUGUAGUUCUACGAUAGUGACGAAGAUGAAUAUAUUUUUGUAGCAUGAUGUCAAUCCCUCUUCCGAGAAAAACCAACAGAAACUAACGCAAAUGUGAAAAGAAUGCUUUCUUUGUCUUCAACAUUGCUUGCUUUUUUUCCUUUUAAUUUUAGAAACAAAAACUCUUUAAGGAAAUGCUUCUUCUCUGAUGUGGCACGUUUAGGUUUCCGAACAGUCCACUUUUAAAUUAUGUUAAUGUAGCAAUAUUAAUUAGCAAGGGCUUUUCUUAGGACCUGAACCUGACACUCAGUCUGGGGGUGAUAUCCAUUGUAGCUUUACAUCGACCCCUCUUCUACCUGUAGUUUCAUCUGUACGCUGCACAUGGACAUCUAGGAUCCAUUUCGAUUGGGUCCAGAGUGAUGUGUGUCCAUCUUGGGUUCUGAAGCCUCCGGCUCCCACUAAUCUUGUUUCACAAAGACUCCGAAUUUCUUGUCGGGGAGUGGGUGUUCUUUGUGUUGCAUUAUGGGUUCUGGCUGGGCUGUUCUGAACUUGUUUUACAGGACACUGAACAGGCCACAAGCCAUGUAAGAACCCUGCAGAGUUCUCGUGGGUUUGUGCGCUGGGGUGAAGAGAUCAUGCUAUUGCCAGAGGGAAACCAAAAGGAGAUUGGUGGUUGUUGCUAUUGUUAUUAUUUGCAUUGUCAUUAUGACCAAUACUGAACCUAUCCCCUAAUGGCAGACGACGUCUUUGCGAGCAUAUGCAAGCGGUCUACUGUUAACAGCCACUUAACUUACAAGCAGAGGGUGGAGGAACUGCAGAGUUCAGGGUGAAGAGUUGUAUAAAGAUACCGAAUUCUAAACUAUUGUAUGUAUGUUUAUUAUCAUGAAGAAAAAAUAUAUAUACAUAUGUAAAAUACAUAAUGCAUACAGUAUUUGAUUCUAUUAAUGAAGAUAUUAGCUAAGAUGAUGAUGAAUAUUGUUUGUAUUAUCAACCUAUUGUUAUGCAUUUUGCACAUUUAGAAGAACAAUAACAUUACAUUUAUGUAGUCAGCUUCGUGCUAUGCAAGGACAGCUUUGAACCACAUCAUUGACCUCCUCUCCCCGACCAUUGUGUUUCAGAUUUACAAGCUAUUAUUAAAAAAAGGAAAAAAAAAAAAAAGCUUAGCUUUUGUAUCAGCUGCGAAGCCAUUAGCUUUUUUUUCUUUCAGCCAUGGCUACACAGGGUGACAUCAGAGAGAACAGCGGAUUAUCACUUCUGUUUGCGCUUUGGAUUUGUCGUUGGUUGAAGGGAAAAUGGCUUUCAUUGUUGAUUGCACUUUUUCUCCAGAGAAAUGCAAUAAAGUGAUUGAAGUGAAAAAAAACCAGGAGCAAAAUUGUAACAAGAUCACCUCGUUAAUAAUAUUUCUGUUCAUAUCUCGGGCUUGUUCGUCAUUACAAAAAUGGAGGCAGAUGAAAAAUGUUAUUUUGCUAAACGGAUCAUUUUGUUUAUCUUUUGCGUUCCGAAGCUCGAUGAUAUUACAGCGAGCGGCAGAGAGUUUGGACUUUGAGCAAAAGAAUUUUGUACACUUCUCUGACGGGAACAUCUUUGCUAAGCUCCCAUCUCGUCCUCCAAACAGGAUCAGACACACACUAUUGACCUUGUACAGAUAUUUUGAUCCGGGUCUGGUUUUGCUACAUUUAAUGCUCCGGAGAGAGAAUGUGAAACACGAGGCACAGUGCAAUCAUGAGCUUCCAACUUUUACCUUCACACUCAUAUGCAGAGCAGACAUGUAAAUAUCACAUUUGUAGGCACGUCAGUCAUUUCUUUCAUUGCGUUUAAUGCAAGGUCCAUCGCAGUUCUCAGCAGCACUUGCUUUUCAACAUCGAGUCUUUGGUUAUUCCUAGAUACCUACUGGAGUUUUUCUUGUAUUUUUAUCAAGCAAAAUAUGUUCUGAUUUUCACUGAAAUGUAAAAAAAAAAAAACUAAUUUUCUAAAGCACAAAAGUUGAUUAGGAUGUGGGAAAUUAGAGCGAGACUGUCAACAUAUGGACAACAGCAGACACACAAACUGCACACAAACAGACACACUCACACACAGUACACAGGAAUGUGUUGGUUGUUCUAUGAUACGGACAGGGUUCUGAUGGAUGUAGAUGAUAUGGUGAACCUUCUGUAAAUGUUUUCUUUUGUUUCUUUUGGUUAUGAUAUGGCCCUGUAGAAUCUGAUUCUCUGCAUUAGUCUUUAAAUAAAAAGAAAACAAAUGAAA